CUGCCCGGUCAGUCACAGUCAGUAUUUAUAUCUGAGACUAACUUCUGGAGGUGCCUUUCUGUUAUUAAGAUUGAAGUAUUCGACAACUUCCGGUGAAACAGUGUUUGCUUAGUGUAGCUUCGCAUCGCAAGGAGAAUGCGAACUCUCCAGUUAGGAUUACUUCUGGCGCUCAGUCUGACCUUGGUUCAUUCGGAGGAAGAGGUUAUCAAAUGUCCGGACGGCGAAUGUGUGAAACUACAUCUCUGUAGAGAUGGCGAAAUUAACACAGACGGCUCAAAUAUAAUAGAUAUUAGAUUCAAUCCGGAAGACCCAUGUGAACAUUAUCUUUUGAAGUGUUGUCGAAUUCCCGAUGGCGGAGAGGACGAAAUCGUAGAGCCGCCAUCAUCAGUUGAUCAAGGAGCAGGAACAGGACAUGGGGAAAUUAUUCCAGGUGUAUCUCCCACUCAUGAAAAUUUACAAGGCGAGCCCAUUGGAGGAUUUGCUACAGGCGGCAGUCAAACAGGGGGUGGAAAUGUGGGUGACGGUUCAGCUGGAACUGGAACCGCCAGUGGAAGCCAUGCAGGUGCAGGAAGCAUUGGAACAGGUUCAACCGGUGGAGGAAGCAUCGGAAGUGGUUCAGGUGAAGGAAGUAAUCAAAUUGGCACCGGAGGGAGUGGAUCCAGCCCAGUUGGAGGAGUUGGUGGAGGCGAUGUACCACCUCACGGUCCUGUUACUGGAGUCGGAGGUGGAGUACAUCCCGGUAAUUGUCCUUGUCGUGAUCAUUUGGGUGGUGGAGGCUAUGGCCAUAAUCCGCUUGUAGAUAUGUUCGGUGGUAUUAAGCAGUUCUCUCAAUAUAAGGACAGUUCCUUCUCGGGUUCGUCAGCCCAAUCUUUCUCCCAGACGUUUAAUCAGGGUGGAAACUUUUUGAGUGGAUCUGGUAGCUCUGCGUCGUCAAUGAGUGGUACACAAGGGGCAGGCCCAGCAGGACAACCUGGUUACGGAGUGCAAAAACCAGAAUUUCCCGGAUCUAUCUAUGGCUCCAGCAUCGGAGCAGGACAACAUCCGGCUGGAUUCGGUAGCGCGGGUCAUCAAACUGCGGGAGCAGCUGGCUCUGGAAGCUCAACGGAAGGCUCUUCUGGCUAUGGAUCAGGUUUGACUGGGUCUAAUGUAGUUCAAUCUGGCGAUGGAGUGCAGGGAGCCCAACUUUCUGGUUCUGGUAUGCCUACUGGUACUGGCUUAGGUGGACAAUCAACUGGACCCACUGGUGCGGGCCACGAGAGCGCAGUAGCUCCUGGUUCUGGCAAAAGUUCAGAAGGCUCAACUGUUGGACAAGCAAGUGGAUCGAGUUCAACCGGAUCUGAGCUAAUUCAAUCUGGUACUGGAGGUCCAGGUUCAUCCCCUGGAACGGUGGUAGGUGGGCAUGCACCUGGGUCAGGAAGCGUAGGUCAUGGAAGCGCAGCAGUUUCUGGUUUUGAAGUGGAUAAAACUUCUGGAACCUCAUCGGGAAGUUCUGUAACCCAGGCCCAUGGAGCUGGUUCAAAUGGAUCGGUUCAACAAGGCAGUGGGUUACCAACUCAAGGUUCCGGAAUUGCAGGAAGUGGUCAGCUGACUGGACCCGGCAGUGUAGGUCAUGCAGGUACAGGAACUACCGGCUCUGGGACGGGAAGCUCUUUCAACCAAGGGCAUGGACCAGAUUCAAGUGGAUCUAAUUUAGUUCAACAAGGUAGUGGGUUUCCAACUCAAGGUUCCGGAAUUGCAGGAAGUGGUCAGCUGACUGGACCCGGCAGUGUAGGUCAUGCAGGUACAGGAACUACCGGCUCUGGGACGGGAAGCUCUUUCAACCAAGGGCAUGGACCAGGUUCAAGUGGAUCUAAUUUAGUUCAACAAGGCAGUGGUUUGCAUACUCAAGCUCCUGGAACGCAUUAUGGCUCACCCUCUGGAACUAUAGGAAGCGGUCCCUCGACUGGAUCUGGUAGCGUGGGACAUGAAGGUACCGGAGCUACCAGCUCCGGGGUGGGAAGCUCCUUUAACCAAGCACAUGAAUCAGGUUCAAGUGGAUCUAAUGUAGUUCAGCAAGGCAGUGGGUUACAAUCUCAAACUUCUGGACCGACUUAUGGCUCACCUACUGGUACCGUAGUCAGCGGUCAGCCAAGUGGAUCCGGCAGUAUAGGUCAUGCAGGCACAGCAACUACUGGAUAUGGGUCGGGAAGUUCCUUAAACCAAGCGCAGGAAUCAGGCUCAAGUGGAUCUAAUGUAGUUCAGCAAGGCAGUGGAUUGCAAACUGAAACUUCUGAAACAAAUUAUGGCUCACCCUCUGGCACUGUAGGAAGCGGUCCAUCGACUGGAUCUGGUAGUGUAGGUCAUCCAGGCACAGGAUCAGGAAAAACUUCUGGGAUAUUAUCAGGCAGUUCUAUCAACCAAGCGCAUGGAUCAAGUUCAAGUGGGUCUGAUUUAGUUCAGCAAGGCAGUGGAGUACAGCAGCAAGCUUCUGGAACUAAUUAUGGUACACCCUCUGGUACGGUACAAAGCGGUCAGUCAACUGGAUCCGGCAGUGUAGCUCAUGGAAGCACCGGGACUUCAUCAGGAAGCUCCUUCAAUCAAGCGCAUGGAUCAGGUUCAAUUGAAUCCAACCUGGUUCAAACCGGUGGCUCUGGAUCAAAUUCUGGCUUGACCUCUGGAACUGCUGUUGGUGGUCAAUUACCUGGAUCCGGUAGUGCUGGUCAUAGCACAGGAUUUGGAGGUUCUGGUUUGGGAGAAUCUUCUGGAACUUCGUCGGGAAGUUCUUUUAAUCAAGUGCAUGGAGUGGGUUCUAGCGGAGCUAAUGUAGUUCAACCUGGUAGUGGACUGGGAGGAGGGCAAAUAACCCAAGUUCCGGGAUCAAUUUCUGGUUCUCCGCACGGCAUUGUAGUUGGUGGUCAAACCACUGGAUAUGGUCAGGGAAAUACGGCUGGCACCGGUGCAGGUUCUGCAAUGGGUGUUGGUUCUGAUCACCAAGUAGUUCAUGGUACCGGUCCGUCGAAUGUUGGCUAUGGGUCUGGGACAGUUGUAUCUGGCACAGGAAGUGUUACCAAGGACCAAAUAAAGAGCACAGGUAGCUCGACCACGAAACAGAAAGAUCUAACUUCAGGUGGGGCACAUCAUCAAUAUGCAUCUGGUGCAUACGGUGGGCAUUACAAUGAGAAACAUUCCGGUAAAUACACUCAUGGAGGUUCUCAAGGUAGCUCUUACGAUGUUACGCAAAGUCCACUUGUACCUUCGCAAGAAAACAAAGGUUGUGGAAUUCGCAAUGCCGACGGUGUUGGAUUCCGAAUUACGGGCAAUAACGAUGGUGAGUCCGAAUACGGCGAAUUUCCCUGGAUGGUCGCUAUUCUGAAGGAAGAAAAGGCCCUGGAUCAGGUUAUCAAUGUGUACCAGUGUGGUGGUUCACUGAUACAUCCCCGCGUAGUGCUGACUGCAGCUCAUUGUGUUCAGAAUAAACAACCACAUGAGAUUAAAAUCCGUUUGGGUGAAUGGGACACCCAGACUACAAAUGAAAUCUAUGAUCAUCAGGAUCGCAAUGUUGAAGAUAUAAUUGUCCAUGAUAAAUUUUACAAGGGAGGAUUGUUCAACGAUGUCGCAUUACUGUUCCUCAAUAAGCCAGCGGAAAUUAUCGACACUGUUAAUACUGCAUGUUUACCUCCUCAGGAUUACAAUUUCGAUUUGUCACGUUGUUUUGCAUCUGGCUGGGGUAAAGACGUUUUCGGAAAGGAUGGCAAAUACCAAGUGAUUUUGAAGAAAAUUGAGCUACCGAUAAUGGCAUUCGCUAAAUGCCAGGAGGCGCUUAGGACCACUCGACUAGGAAAGCGAUUCAUAUUGAACAAGAGCUUUAUUUGUGCUGGUGGCGAACCUGGAAAGGAUACCUGUAAAGGCGAUGGUGGAUCGCCUCUGGUUUGUCCAAUCCCAGGAACGGUCAAUCGCUAUUAUCAAGCGGGAAUAGUAGCGUGGGGCAUUGGAUGUGGUGAAACAGGUAUUCCCGGUGUAUAUGUAAACGUCGCAGGAUUCAGAAACUGGAUUGACGAACAUUUGACGCAACGCAGCAUUCCACAUGACUAUUACAUUUACGUGUAAAAGCGAUGUAUUCGACAAUAUAUGAACAAAUUGAAAGAAUGGAAAUCACUUAAUAUUUGAACAGUGAACUUCAUCGCCGUAAAUUUAAAUUUACGUUUUUGAUUUAUUUUAAAAAGAAAACAUGGAAAUGCCACAUCCAUAACCUUUCGGUAGUAUUGUUUUCGCAACAUUUAGCCAAA